AUGUUGAUUACACGAUUUGCACCGCCUAGUAGGCAGUUUUUUCGACAAUUCCUUAUUCCCACUUCAAGCUGUUCUUCUGCCAAUGUUCAAGAGCGUGGAAAUGCGUGGCGUGCUUGCCUCGGGAAAAUCUCUCGUUCUCAGUAUCUACGACACUAUCCGGUGACGCUUAUAAGACCAGAUGGGUCAACGCUAGAAAUUCGUUACCUGGAACCACGUGGAGUGAGUUCACUUUUCAAAAUGGGCGGGUGCUUUUUCGGGUUCCUACGGGGCAUAUGUGGUGCUUAUGCAUCGAAAUAUCCAGUGAACUAA